CAUAAGUUUAGUUUAAAAAUUAAAGAGAAUUAAAAAAAAAGUGUGAUUCGGUGGCAACACCCCUUGUAAUUAAUUAAUACUAAACCCCUAGUUGAGCUGGCUAAUUGCUACUGGAUUUGGCGCCAGAUUCAUACUUGACUUCAAGGCAAAUAAUGACGAAAUUACAUGUACUUGAAAUUUAAUUAAAGAAAAAAAAAAGGAAUGAUUGGAUGGCAACAACUUUAAUUAAUUAAUUAAUAAUAAACCCCUAGUUUCGUUCGCUAAUUGCUGCUGGAUUUAUCCUGGACUUAAAGUCCUGAUUAAUUCCAUAUAUAUCUCCUAAUAUUUCGCAGCAACUAAUUCUGUUGAGUGUGUUUGCGAUUUUCCCGCUUUGAUUUUGAUUUGCUGCUGCUCUAUUUAAACUCCUCCGAUCCUUCCCUUCAAUUUCCACUCCAACUCGAUCGAUCGAAACCUAACAUCUCCUCGAUCUCCAGCUUCCAGUACUUUGGUAUUUCUAAUAUCGUCAAACUCAUAAUGGCUGUCGCAGUUGUCAACAACGAUAUGCCAAUUUCCUCUUCCGCCGCCAGCACCAGCAGAAUCGAGGUUCGCUCCGUGUGGGCUCAUAACCUCGACGAGGAGUUCGCCCUUAUCCGCUCCGCCGUCCCGUUCCACCCCUUCGUCGCAUUGGACACCGAGUAUCCUGGCGUCGUCGUCGCUUCCAAAAAUCCCUACUGCACCCUCACCCUCCCCCAGCGCUACGAAUUGAUCCGUGCCAACGUCGAGGCCCUCCGCAUCAUCCAGGUCGGUCUCACCCUCUCCGACGCCGCCGGCAACCUCCCAUGUGCCAUCUACAGCGACGGCACUUGUGUGCGUUACGUGUGGGAAUUUAAUUUCCGUGACUUCGACAUCAACCGCGACCGUUACGCCCCUUCCUCCGUCGAGCUGCUCAAGGCUAAUGGCAUCGACUUCCAAAAGAAUCAAAUAUGGGGCAUCGACUCUUGCAGAUUCGCCCAGCACUUGGCCACCUCCGGCUUGCUUUCCUUUGGCCAUUUUUCUCCCGUCUCCUGGGUUACCUUCCAAGGCGCCUAUGACUUCGCCUUCCUAGUCAAGAUGCUGACAUGCGACUGCAAAUUACCAAAGACCGUUCGUGAGUUCUUGCACCUCGUUCACUUCUUUUUCGGCAAAAGGGUGUUCGAUGUGAAGCACCUUUGCAAGCAUUGUCCUGGGCUUUACGGAGGAUUGGAGCGGGUGGCCUCUACCGUCCGAGUUGAGCGAGCAGUGGGCUCUCGACAUCAGUCCGGCUCCGAUAGCUUAUUAACAUGGCAGGUGUUCUAUCAAAUUGCUUCUCGUGUGAAUCCACAACUCAUUGAUCGUCCAGAACACAUGGGAACACUCUAUGACCUCCAACUGCAAUAG